AUGGAACUAGAAGAAACUGAACAAGAUCUAGAAGAUUAGAAUUUAAAAAAUAUUUUAAUUCCUUUCGCAAUUAUUAAUGAAGUUACUCCAGAAUCGCCUGCACAUGAAAGUGGAAUUUAACUUGGUGAUCUAAUAAUUAAUUUCGGGAGUGUAAAUUAUAAAAACCAUAAUGAUCUUAAAAAUAUUGUAGAUCAUAUUUAUAAUAUUACUUUUAUUAUACCCUAAAUCUAUAUUAGAAGAUCUCUUAGAAGACAAUUAAAUAGUUUCAUAUUUUUAACAAUGUAAUUAGCUUUUAAUAUAAAAAUUAACCAAUUCAGAUUAUAACUAAUUAGUGAAAUAUAUAAUAGAAGAACCUUCUUAAAUAGAUAGUAAAUCAC